AGUCCCAAAUUGCUGCACAGGAUAAGUGCGCACCAUCGCGGGAAGUUACCAAAGUUCACCUGGAGUACACACCUAACGGACGUUCACCCCUAUUGUUUACCUUUCCGGCCUUAUCUAACGCCCUUGUCAUGUGCUUGUCAUAGUGCCUGUACCCGUGGGAGCAUGUAGGAAGGACAGGAAAGCUUUUCUGGACAUUUUGGGUAGCUGAAAGUAUGAGGUGUACUCUGAGGGUGGGGGUUGGAGUGACAGGGGUCUGCGGAGUUCUGCUACUCGGGUUGGGGAUAGGAGCGAUCUUUCUGUUCGACAGCUUGUUACGCGAUCAGAUUAAGAAGAAUGAGGUGAUUAAGAAGGGUUCGUACCUGUAUGACCAGUGGAGCGACAUCCCUGUCCCCAUCUUCAUGCAGUUCUGGGUCUGGGACUUACUCAACCCAGAGGAGGUCCUCAAGGGAGAAAAACCUGCUGUCAUACAGAAGGGACCAUACACUUACUCGGAGAGAGUAGUGAAGACAAACAUCACGUUUCACGACAAUGGAACUGUGUCAUAUCUCCAGCCAAGGACGUUCACCUUCCUCAGGAAUAUGUCAGUCGGACCAGAGAAUGACACUUUCACCUCAUUAAACAUUCCACUCGUUACCAUAGCAGAACUGAUCGAGAAUGAGAGAGACAUUGUAAAAGACCUGGUCUCUGUUAUCGAGCGGCUGGCCCAGGAGACACUCUUUAUGAAGCUGACUGUGGGAGGGCUGGUGUGGGGGUACAACGACUCGCUUCUCAUGGAUGUCAACAAACUGGUGCCUGGUCUGCUACCAUCGACAGAGUUUGGGCUGUUUAUGGGGCGUAAAACCAAUGGAACAGAUGGAGUCUACUCAGUUUUUACUGGGAACGGCGAUGUUACCAAAGUCAACAUCAUUGACACAUGGGAUGGACAAAAAUCCCUGAAUUACUGGAGUGAUGACCCUUACUGUAACAUGAUCAAUGGAACAGAUGGAAAUUUCUUUCCACCCUUCAUAACAAAAGAUAUGAGAGCUACCUUGUUUUCCACUGACAUUUGCAGGUCUGUUGAAGGAGAGUUUAUCCGAGAGAGCUCUGUUCGAGGAAUCCCCACGUACAGGUACGAGGCACCGGAGAGGCUGUUCCAGAGCGGUGACAUCAACCCUGCCAACAAGUGUUACUGUCAGAACCAGGCCUGUCUGCCUUCAGGACUGCUCAACAUCAGUAUAUGUAAACAAGGUGCUCCUGUCAUCAUGUCUUCACCACACUUCUACCUAGGAGACCCCAGUUUGGUAGAUUCCAUCAUAGGUAUGCACCCAGACCCCGAGCAGCACAAAGUGUACUUUGAAGUGGAACCGUUGACAGGGUUUCCUAUGAAUGUAGCCAAGCGCCUCCAAGUAAAUAUAUACCUCAGGAAAGUAGAACACAUUUCGCAAACUGGUAAUGUCAGGGAGAUGUUCUAUCCUAUACUGUGGCUUAAUGAGAGUACGUUUAUAGACCCAGUCAAUGCUGACAAGUUCAAGUCUCAAGUUACAAACAACAUCAAGCUGAUGUAUGGAGUUGAGUAUGGGAUGAUAGCCGUGGGCUGUGUGCUGCUGAUCAUGUUCAUCAUCCUCUUUGCUAGGCUCAGGAGGAGGCAGUCCAGCACCGUGCUUGGAACCUCGGAUGAGAGAACAAGUCUUCUGAAUGGAGACACUGUACAGUAAAGACUGUAGAACUACUGUAUGAGAUGAUAUUGUAGCCUGCCAACAGUAUAAUCACAGUUUAAAUGGGGCUGAAUAUUGCCAGGAUUUUCAUAAAGACAGUGUCUGCAUCUGUUGAAAUUUAAAGUGCUGAUAAGAUCAGGUGAAAAAUGUUCCAUCAUUCAGCAAGCCUUUGUUGCAGGUGAAUGGCGUAACUCAUCAUCUAGAUACUGUAUUUUUGGUACAUAAUUUUCUACAAUUUUUACGACCAUUUUUAACGCUGGUAUUCAAAGGUACUCAAAGGAUGAACUAUCAUGCAACAAUCAGAACAAAACAAGGUAUAUGCAAACCAGGCUCUUUCACUUUAACAUGACGAUAUUGGUCAAAAGUAAUGACAAACAAUUCUUCUUGUUGACACAAGCAUCAAAAUAUGCUUUGUGUUUUUUCAUGUCUAGCCCAAUUAAUUCUGAAUAUACUAGUAUUAUAGAUCUGUAACAUGUCAUUGUUGUGAGUAGAAAACUUUGCUGUACCUGGUAGAGCUGAGGUCAAAUGCUGCUGCUAAUCCCUUAUUCUAUUCAUAGUUUAUUUGCCAGAAGUGAUUUGUCUGAUAACUAAUUAAUGGAUGAGAAUUAUGGUUAGCUGCAUUUUGUGUUGUGAAACUGGAGAAUGCAGUGAAAAGCGAUUUUGCCUUUUUGCCACUGGAUGGUUGUAUGAAAAAUAUUUUGGAGCCUGAUUAGUUUUGUUUUUAAGACUGUAUAUGUGUACUAUUGUGCCAUGAAAUUUGACUGUUAUGCAUUUGAAAUCAGCAUAAAGGUCAUCAGUAUCCCUGGGACUGACCAAUGUGAUAUUAGUACAACUUGUUCAAGCCUUACAAUGCAUUGAGAAUAUUGAAUUCAUGUGUCUUUAGCAUGUGAUAAGAAAUAUGAGCCAUCUUUGGUCCUCUUUAGCUAAGAUCGCACAGAACGUUGUUCUAAUAAGUGCCUUAUGAUUAUGAAUGAACGUUUGUUUGAAUGACUUAUAUUUCAAUAAUUUCUGGGCCACUGCAUGGGUAGGUUCAGAAUGACAGCUGAAACAUAUCAUAGUAUUAUCAAUGGCCUUAGCUAUAAAAUAGCUACAUGUAGCUCUUACAGGACAUCAACAUAUUGCAAAUAACGUUACAUGACAUAGGAUUUCCAAACCUCCUUGUGAAGGUUGAGUUUAUCAUCUUCCUGCCAUGCUUGUUUUUGCCACCAACUUUUUUACUAGUUAUAGUGUUAAGUAUCAGUGAAAAUGUUCAAUUUUAGCAGUAUUUAGUAACAUAUCAACGCAUAUUGAUGUUAGAGUAUUGAAGGUUGAUUUGAUCAAGUCUAAAAUAUGAAGGAUGUUAAUUGACAAAAGUCAAGCAUUUGUAACAAUACUAAAGUGCAAUUAAAUCAUAUUACAAGCAAAA